AUGCCUGAGCUCGCAGAAGUCGCGCGUAUCGUGCACUUCAUCCGGAAACAUCUCGUGGGCAGGACACUGGCGAACGUGCAAGUGCAAAAUGACGAUAUUGUCUAUGGAAAAGCAGGCACAACCGCUGCUGAGUUUCAAAAGGCAAUGCAAGGGAACAAAAUCACAGGUGCUGGCCAGCAGGGUAAAUAUUUUUGGAUCACAAUGGCAAAGCCUCCCCAUGUCGUGAUGCAUUUCGGUAUGACGGGCUGGUUGAAAAUCAGAAAUGCCGAUACAUACUACUACCGUACGACCAACGCCGAUGACAAAGAGUGGCCGCCGAAGUAUUGGAAGUUUCUGCUUGAAACGGAUGAAACACCGAAAACAGAGGCAGCAUUUGUAGACCCUCGCAGAUUGGCGAGGAUACGGCUUGUCGAUUGUCCGGCUGACGACAUUCGAAAAUAUACUCCUCUCAGAGAGAAUGGACCGGAUCCCCUCACAGAUAAGGAUAUAUUGACUUUGGAUUGGCUGCGGGACAAAAUCAAAGGCAAAAAAGUUCCGAUUAAGGCACUACUGCUUGAUCAAGCCAACAUUAGUGGCAUCGGCAACUGGAUGGGUGAUGAAAUUCUGUAUCAUUCCAAGAUACAUCCGGAGCAGUAUAGCAAUACAUUGACUAACGAGCAAAUACAACAACUUCACAACUCUAUUGACUACGUCUGCACGACAUCUGUGCGUGUACUCGCUGAUUCGGAACAAUUCCCAGAGGAUUGGCUUUUCAAGCAUCGAUGGGGCAAGGGAAAGAAGAACCAAUCUUCCGCGCUUCCAAAUGGUAACAAGAUCGUUUUCCUUACCGUUGGCGGCCGAACUAGUGCUGUGGUACCAGCAGUUCAACGCAAGACGGGCCCGGUAGCAAAGGAAAUCGACGACGAAGAUACGGUGGAAGAGAAGAAGGAAAAGGUUGCUGUGAAUAGCAAACGAAAGCGAACGGCUGUGAAGGAAGAGGAAGAGGAGGAUGACGACAAGGAUGAGGUAGCUGCACCAAAACGAAGAGCAUCCAGGAAGACGAGGCCCACCACAAAAAGGAGCACUCUGGGCGGUCGAUAGUCUCUUGCCCGACUAGGUUAACCAUCGCCAGCUCUACGAUCAUCAGAUGGAGCAAUUUCUCAAUGAACAGCGCGCGAAGAUUCAACAGCAAAUGGAGCAGCGCAUGGCUGUUCAACGCAAGAUUGAUCAACGGUUUUCUGAAUUAGGCACACGGUUCAUUUCAAUGCU